AUGACCACCCACAUCGGGACUGAUGUAGCGUUAGUCCCCAAGCUCCUGAAGGGUCAACUCUCGCCUGCGUUGACCAGCGACCCCGUAGAGCAACCCUCGACAUUGCCAGUCCACCCCAUCGCCGAUACAGCUACGAAAAAUCUCAUGGAUCUUGCUGCCCUUGGCCCUUUUGCGCCCGCUACGAGCAGCCGUUCCAUGCAGACAAUGGAGCCCGCGAAACCUUCCACCAGUCCGCAAACCGACACUGAAGAAUUCGAUGACAUCGCAGCAGCGAUCAGUCUGAUGAUGAUGCAGACUACCGACUCGGCCAAAGACAAGUUCUCCUUGGACAACAACCACCCCGGUGCCCUCGAAGCUCACGAAACCCUUCCAUGCGGGUGA